AUGAAUUUGGCUAUUAAAACCUAUACUGAAUUGAUGCAAAAGAGAUGUAACUACAAUAGAGAAAAGUAGCAAGAAGAAAAAUCUUAAUUAAUUUUUAAUAAUGUAAUUCCUAAAUAUGACAUAAAUUUUAAUCAAAAUUAAGAAACAAAGAAUAAUUAGCUGCUUACUAUUACUAAUCCUAUUAGUUCACCAGGAUUAGAACUAGGUUCAGAGAAAAACAGUUUACAAAGCGUAAAACGUUUAUUAACAGACUAGAUAUAGAGCUAAAAUGAAGAAGACUACAAUCAUGACAUAGAGGAAAAAUAAGAUUAAGAUUAAUGUUUUUCAUUUAGAAAUUAUAAAUGA